AACAAAAAUUAUACUUACUCCUCGUUUCCUAGCACAAGCUAUAUUGACAUCUAGCACCCCCUUCUAUAUACCUUCUAUCCAAACAUCCUUCUCGGCUCUCUAUCAUCUUCAACCCUUCGCCCUUACCGUAUCACACUACUAUCGUCUUUGUUAUCAUGUCUACCACACACUCUUACUACCCUGCGGCUUCGCUUCCUAUCAACAUGCCACAGAAGCCCGGUUACUAUCAACCCCACCCUCACCAUGGCUACGGCCGCGUAUCAGUCUCCCCACCUGAAGCGCCGGAGAGUGUCACCACUUCAGGCGUUCCUUCUUACGAACCGUCAGCGACUUCGAGCAGCUAUGCUGGAAGUGCAAGCGAUUACGACUCGAGCGCCUCUACCGCAGGAGUUGACUUGAUCGAUUAUAUGGGUGAUCGUCUUCAUGGCGCAUUCAACCCUAUGCCUCUCGAUCGAAGUCUCGCUAAGCAAGCACAAACAUCUGGGGAACUCAACGCCAAGCAUCGCGAACUGCUCGAACUGCAGGCCCUUGCUCAGCGACGAUUAGCCGGGGCUCGGGCCAACUUUGCAAAUGGCAUGAGAACUGCAAAGGAAGUACAGAAAGAUCUUCAGUGGACGCAGAAGCGUGUAGAUGCACUCAACGACCGAGCUGCCCGCAAAUAUCCGAAAGAGUACAAGUCCGCUCAAUCGCGAUAUCCCGCCCCAGUCGACUACUAGGCUUGCUAUAUCGCCCUAUCUCAAAUUUAAUGCCUUCUGUGGAUGUGUUCUAUACAACUUUUUCGGAAUUGUUCGUAAAAUUC